CUUCUUAAACACAUUCCCCUUCAUCACCUCACAAACUCAUUAACCGAGAGAAAGUGAUCAAACGCAGGAUUCAAUCAACUAUCAAGCAAUGGCAUCCAUGACCAUGACCGCUACCUUCCUCCCUGCCGUCGCCAAGCUUCCCUCAGCCACCAGCGGACGAAAGCUCUCGGUAGUCAGAGCCUCCACGAGCGACAACACACCCAGCUUAGAAGUCAAGGCCCAGAAGGAACAGAGCAACAGCACAAUGAGGAGGGACCUCAUGUUCACGGCUGCAGCUGCUGCUCUUUGUUCUUUGGCUAAGGUAGCCAUGGCGGAAGAGGAAGAGCCCAGGCGAGGGACUGAGGCGGCCAAGAAGAAAUACGCUCAAGUUUGUGUCACAAUGCCUACGGCCAAGAUCUGCCGCUACUGAUUCAACAAACCCACCUUCAUCAUGUCUAUCUCUCUCUCUUUCAAUUUCGGUAAAUUUUCUCAAUUAAGUUUGGUCUGUAAUCGUAUAUUGAUCAUUUUACUGAAAGCCCUUUGAUCUU